AUACCUUUGUCACCUGCAUAUGGAGUUUAUAUAUCUCAGUUGUUUUGAUAUGGAAGAGCCUGUUCGACGUUUGGACAAUUUCUAAAACGAGAACAUGAACAUGACAAGGAGCACAUGGUGGGUGUGAGCGGUCGGCAGGGGAUGCUCACUUCUUCAUGGCAACAUGCGAAGCAAUGGCUUUAUCACGUAUCGACCCUUACAUCUAUUGUUUUUAUUAAAAACUGGAUAAAACAAAAAAGAAAAGAAAUCAACCAAUCAAACAAUCAUUUCAUUUUCUUUUUUAACAUUUGAAUUUGUUUUUCAAAAUUGCAUAAUGUUUCAAAGUGUCAAAGUGCGUUGUAACAGAGCUGCGCUGAAAACAUCCUUCCUUUGCAUAAUGAAAUGCUGCUUAUAUAUUAAAUCAAAUCUUCCUUUUAGUUUUCCUUGUUAGUAGAAUAAAGCGAUAGUAAAUAGUAUAACUCGCGAUGAGACAAAUUCUAUUUAUCUUUGUUGUUUUGAUAUGUAAAGUGUCACCUUGUCCAGAGGAAUGUUCCUGUAACGAGACGGUCGUGAGAUGUGACAAUAGAGGACUUACCCACGUACCGGAGAGUAUUCCCGGAGAUACAACUGUACUGCAUCUUGAUGGGAACAGCAUCGAAGAAAUAAAUGCAAAUGUCCUCCAAAGUUUAAAUAACCUAAAGCAAUUAUACUUAGGUUCCAAUCCGUUAAGAUGUGACUGUGGACUAAAACGAACAGUAGAGUACAUAAGAACUCAAGCUAUUAUCCUUCAAACGACUAACAGCAGUGGACACCAGGUUGACACUUCAUGCGAGAAACCCGAUGUUCUGAAAGGAAGAAGUAUCCACAACCUUCCUCUGAACAGUUUCAUAUGCGAAUGUCGAAUUCCUGGACAAUUGUACACGGGGACACAAAAUCAAACUAAGAAAGGUUACACUUGUCAACCAUGGUCAAAACAAACUCCCCACAGACAUAACUAUGAAGUUCUAGGUCGAAAUCAGGAGAACUACUGCAGGAACUUUGACAGGGAAGAGCCCUGGUGUUUUACUACUCAUUCCGAGGUUGUGUGGGACUAUUGCGACGUUCCUGUUUGUGAAAAUGCGUGCUAUGAAAUGAAAAAAUCACUUGAAAAAUGUCCGAAAAACAACAAGGAUUGCAGAGGAAUUACAACAAUGAUUAAAUGUCACCUAUCAAAUAUGGAAACGACUUAUAAUAUUCACUGCACAGAUUUGCAUAUGAUGAGGAGGGCUGUAGCGACUAGAAUGAUGCAGUUAGGAAUCAUCACAAAGGAAACCAAUGCUGAUUGCUUUGCUUCACCGUGUGCAUCUAACAACGUGAUAAAAACAGAGAAAAACAAUUUUGAUAGUAGUUUGUCUGUUGUUUCUAAAGAUGCCUUUUGCUGGUCUGUGAGGAAGCUGAUCAACGAAAAAGUUGCUGUUAUUUCAGCAGCUAACAAAUCCACGUGUUAUGAGAUUGAUAAAAGAAAGAUACUUUUUGCAAUGCAGAACGGUCUCAAAGAAAAAUAUGGAGAAAUAGAAUUCUCAGCGUUUGAUUGUAAGUUCUGUUGA